GCGAGUGAUUAUGCCGAAUUGUUCGUCAAGGAUUUGUAAAGCUUCAUGGGGUGCCCGUGGAGAUUGUGUCCGAUCGGGAUCCAAAGUUCACGGGCCAGUUCUGGAGGACGUUGCACCGAGCCAUGGGGACGAGGUUGGAGUUCAGUACAGCCUUUCACCCCCAGACAGAUGGUCAGUCAGAGCGUGUGAUCCAGUACUUGGAGGACAUUUUGAGGGUUGUGGUCUUGGACCGAAGCCUGACUUGGGAGUAUGCCCUUCCGCUAGUCGAGCUGACCUACAGCAACAGCUACCACUCUUCAAUCAAGAUGGUCCCGUACGAGGCUUUGUAUGGACGACUAUCAGGUCUGCCCAAGAGAGGCAGAAGGUCUAUGCCGACCGGAAGAGGCAAGAGCAUGUUUAUGUAGUGGGAGAUCAUGUCUUCUUGAAGGUUUCACCCAUGGGAGGUGUGAUUGGCUUCGGGAAGAAGGGGAAGCUUAGACCUCGCUAUAUCAGGCCGUUUGAGAUCCUCGAUCGAGUCGGGGACUUGGCGUAUCGGCUGGCUUUACCACCAGACUUGUCGGGUGUGCACGACGUGUUCCAUGUCUCGAUGCUUCAGAGGUAUGUGCAUAAUCCUGAUCAUGUGGUGAACUUCGACGAGCUGCAGGUCGAGCGAGACCUUACCUACGAGGAAGUACCGGCAGCCAUCUUGGACCGGAAGGUCCAUCAGCUGAGGAACCGGGCAGUGAGCUUAGUGAAAGUGCAGUGGAGCCGACAUGAUGAGUCUGAGGCAACUUGGGAGAAGGAGGCCGAGAUUAGGAGGCAUUAUCCGAACUUUGAGGAAGAUGAAACCAUUGAUAUGUACUAUGCUCGGUUCUGCGAUCUGGUUAACCAAAGUGCAAUGCUUGGUGAGCCGGUUCCAGAAGCUAGACAAGUACAGAAACUGAUGAGAACUCUACCGGACAGGUUUGGGAUUAAAAUUACUACACUAGAAAGUUUUCAGAGGAUUCAGAAACUUGGCAUUUGUGAUCUUCUCAGCAAACUUCGGACCUUUGAAAUCAACCAUAGCUUUGAGUCUAUGAGGAUAAGCAAAGGGAAAGGGCUAGCUUUAAAGGCUAAGGUUCGUACUACAGUUGCUAAGGAUGACGAAUCCCAUGAAGAAUCUUUUGAUCCUGAUGAAAUAACAAAGGCUCUCACCGUGCUUACUAAGGGUGUGUUUGGUCCUUUGAAGGUGGUAGGAACCAAAAUUCAGCAAUUCAGAAAAAUGCGGUCUGGGAUGCAACUGAACAAGUUUUGGAAUUCCAACCAAGGGGUAGAAAAAGACCAGUGCCGUGAAUGCAAAGGAUUCGGCCACUUUCAAAAGGAGUGUCCUAACCUCAAGAAGAAGAAUAACACAUUCAAGGCUACAUGGUCUGACUCCAGUGACGACGAGGAGGAAGAAUCUGAGAAGACUGAGAAUUCUAAUUAUUUAAAUAAUUUUGCGAAAUGGCUCUUAAAUGAAUAUAACUGUUUUACUUCCCCAGUUCAUUUGACUGAUGUUGAGUCUGAUGCAGGUUCUUACGCAAAAGAUUUGAGCGAUGUGGAUUCUGAUGAAUUCUCGGAUCCAGCUGCUGAAAAUCUUGUACUUCACAAGUAUGCUAUAGAAAAAUGUAUCAAGGCAGCCGAGAUCAUCAAGAAAUACCAGACUCAAAAAUUGAAGAUGAAAGCUAUGGAACGUAAAUCUGCUGAACGGGAAAAGGAGAUUGUCUAUCUUAGGGACGAACUUCAGAAGAUGAGGAUAUUGACCGUGGAUCUGAGCGAGAAAAUUAUCAAAUCAGACCUUCAUAUCGGAAAACAAGACAAGGACCUAAACAGUUGUUUCGCAAAGCUUGCACUGGUUGAGCAUGGGGAUAAACUCAACAAACAGGCAAGCGAAGAGCAAAAUUUUACCAUUGAAUCCCUAC